UUUGAGAGAAGAUAGCAUACUUUAUCAGACUGGACAAUGCUACUCAAUAAUUGAGUGUAUACUGACAAAUUUGGCACUUGCAAUGCUGAUUAAACAAGAUUUCUUUAUUGGCUAAAACAAAGUGUUUUGUAAUAGUGCUUUGCAGUUAAUUGCAAGAGGCAAAUACAAAGUUCAUUAACAGUAACUUGCAAUUAAUUGCAAGCUGUAAAAGAGAAGAUGAAGUUUAAGGAUUAAAAAUGCUCUCAAGCUUUCACCAAUAUGACCAACCGAGCCCACUUGCUUUUUAAAUGGACAAUACAUUAUUAUAUUUACAUGAUUUUGUUUUGUUUUUUCGCAUAGGUAGUUGGUCAUCUCACCGUUAAUCAUCGAACCUGGCAGACUGAAUACAACUAACUUUCUUCGUUUUCUUAGUUCCAUGCAUUUGUUUAUUCUCUAAGAUACUUUUUCCUGAGAAAGCUGUGCACUCCAGCCCCAUUAAUAUAUUAUUACAGACAAGCACUUGCAUUGCCCCCAAAACCUAUCCCUAUAGGCUUAUGAUUGAGUGUUCCUAUUGGCAAAUUGGUGAGGCGCAGUCUUUUACUACAUUCCUACAUGGCUGAAAGUGAACAUUCUUCUUCUGAUGAGACUGAUGUGGAUUCUCAAGUUCUUCUAUGCAUCAUGAGACGUUUAUUCCACCAGUAUUGGACACUUUCCUCUAGUGUUGAUUUUGGGUUGUUUGGUUCAGCGGAAAGGAAUCAAGAAACCAAGCUUGAAUUCUCUGAGGAUGAGGAAGCACUUGUAAUUAGGAUGUAUAAUCUAGUUGGAGAGAGAUGGUCUCUAAUUGCUGGGAGGAUUCCUGGAAGAACCGCAGAGGAGAUUGAGAAGUACUGGAACUCCAGAUGCUCGACCAGUGAAUGAAACUAGAAGGGAUUGAGUUGUGCAUUUCAUCUACUAGACUUGGUAUCGUCUGCUUCCAAAUUCUUCUCUUGUAACUUUGCUGUGUUUCUGUGCAAAAUGUAGUCACUGAUUUUGUGGGGUUGUCUCAUGAUUUCUUAUCUUUUAAUUACGAAAAAAUUUCCAUGUGAAAAUGCCCUUGUUGAGUUCUUAAUUUCUUGUGUUUUCCUUUGAACAAAUUAGCUUGUCCUAAGUUAAUUGGGAUUGGAAUUUGGAUUGAGAUUUUUAUUUAUUUA